AGUCUUCAUACACUGAGGCUAAGAGCUCUACUGGACCUGGCACAAGCUUCCAAUAUAAGAAGGGAUAAACGCACAUCUCAAAGCGGCGGCGCCGUCACACACUCGCACACAGACAUACAAACCCACUGUCUCUCUCUUUUUCUCACACACGCGCACGCAAACACAGAGACAAGCGCACGCACCGAGGAGCAAACAGUCUCUCUCUCUUACUCUCUCACUCUCUCUCUCUCUCUCUCUCGCUCACCCACUCUCCUCUCCCUCCCAUCCACACACACUCACACACACCACUACAGUAUAUCAGCUAGCGACUCGCAGAGAAAAGGAGGGGAGAGCAGAAAUGAAUGUGAAGAUCUUGACGCUGGUGAUUGUGCUGGUGGUUUCUCUGCUGUGUUCAGCCAGUGCUGGUCCAGUGGCCUCCACCGAGCAUAGCAAAGAGCUAGAGGAGGUGGGCAGCAUGAGGACUCCUUUGCGGCAGAACUCCGCUCGAGCCGGCCGGAACCAAAGACCUUCUGGCUGGAGGAGGAGACGCCCUCGACCCCGCCUCUCCCAUAAGGGGCCCAUGCCAUUUUAGAGCAAGGCACAGCUUAAAGUGCCCUCCCCCUUGGUUCUGAUUUCUAUGCUCUUCCUUUGCCUUGGGGGGCCUUCCAACAAGGGGCCUUUGCUAGCCCAGCCUGAAGAGUGAUGUCCAUAGCACCUGCUGGUUCUUCAAGCAACUCUUCUUCUGUCCACAAAAAACCAGGACAAGCCACUCACCCUCAGCUCAACGAAGAAUUGUGGGCCGGGAAAAGGGGUGGGGGGUAUUGAGCCCGAGCUAUCAGAUUCUGUCUCUCUCUCUUAGUCUGUCUCUCUCCACCUGUGGUUUUCCUCAUUUGCUUUCUAGAGCCCUUUCAUGGCCACACUUUGCAUGAUGUGUGAGCAGUGGGGAGCCUGGUCCAAACAGUUAAAGCGUCAGUUUCUUCUCUGAGGUGUGCUAGACCCAUUCUCUCCAAACGUCAAGGUGACCACAGCGCUUUGUUUCAUUGCUAUGAAGUGGCUUAUAAAUGAUGUUGAUGAGGGAGAGAAGUGGCAGGGAACCAAAAGUAAAGGCACUGUUUUGAACGACCUCAUCAGGGUCCGCUAUGGCCAGGUCGGCAACUUUCAUUUUUUAUACAUCUCAUCAUCUCGCCUACUUCAAAAACCAGACCGUGUUUUUCAAGAGAGUAUCUUAACCUUAUCAAAGCUACAUGAUUUAGUUACGAAUGCUGAUUAUAAUAUUACCUCGGAAAAUUAUUGCUUUGUUGAAAGGAUAUAAUCAAGGUUUCCGGUAAACGACACAUCCACUACGCACAGCUCGAUUACAUUUCAUCCAUCUUCUUACGCGACCCUCAUUUCAUUGUGCCGUCCGAUGGGCAUUACACAUCACCCUACCAAUGAGCCUAAGAGCCGUCAGCACUCAGAGGCUUAAAGAUAAAGCCACAUUUUCUCAUUAUAAAAUCACACUCCACUUCGAUGAGCGUGAGAUCACCAGUCCUGAGCCCUUUUCUCUCCCAUGAAACACGCUGCUUUAUAGCAGAAUACAUGACUGUUAACUGGCCAGGGUGAUCUGCUUAACACGCAGACCAUCUCUCCUUUUAAUGAAGUGCCAAAUAGCAAAUCUACUCCACAGUGCUGCCAAGAGAAGAAAAGAAGUACCUCUUAUUUUGGGGAAGCAUAACAUCUAACCACAUGUAUGCAUUUUGCCACGUUUGUUUCAACAUCCAAUGUAAAGGCAAUGGUAGCAAAGAUCAUAGACCAAAAAACAGAUAUCUUUACAAUGCUAUUCGUGCUCUCUAUUCUCAUUAUUUGGCCCUACACUGGCAAAUGUCUUUAUUUUACAUUAUACUGGAAUUAAUUUCUUAUUGGUUUUCAUUCUUUUGUUGUUAAGUUGAUUUUCUCAGGGUGCUGUGACAGAAGCCUGCGUGCUCAAUAUUACAUGCAUUUAUUUAAAAAAAUCACAUUAUUUGUAUCUGCACCAUUUAGCUUCAUGUUAUGUAUUCACAGCCGUAGCUACAUAUCCAGACUACGUUUAUACAAACCAAUAUUGUUUUUCUCCCCAUUGGGAGCAGUUGCCUUUUGGGUUUAAGCUUCUUUAGGUGGCUGUGAUGGCCACAUCCCACUGCUAAUUUAUUUUAGAUGGGCAUUGAUAAAACCGUUCUCAAAGAGCUCAAUCGAAUUGGCAUGACCCACACCUACCCCAGUUGAUUUACCUUUAUGAUGUAAUAAUCAUAAUCGUAAAACCCCAGUGGCCCCUAGAGGUCUGUUUUGACUUCACUUGUAGCUUUCAGUAGGAUACCAGUAAUGAGGCAGAGAUAAGAGGCUUUUACGAGACUGUUAACCAAACAUAACUCCAAUGCUUAAUUAGACAACGCAGAUAAAAGUUAUUUUAUGCAAAUUAGCAUUUUAGUCCCUCCCCCUUGUGUAUACGCCACAAAAACAAAAAUCAGCUCUUCAAAAGAGAGUGCCUGAAACCACAGCAGUAAAACACCCAGCCAAGCUCACCUUGAUUAAAAAUGUAUCAAAUCUUAAGGCACUGUGAAUACGAAUAAUUCCAGUCAUGCCGUUUUUAUCUUCCACUGUCUCAGAUGUGGAUUUCUUUAGUGCUUUCUCGGAAGGACAGCACUCGGAAAAGCUCUGCAUCAUGAGGUCAGAUGCAGACAAGAUCAAGAUGAGUUCCUAUACACUCCAAAACAGUCAGAAAAGUACUGUGCAAAGUAAUGCACACUGUUGUUCAUGAAUGUAUCUCUACCAUCUUCACCCGAGCUCAGCUGUGGGUUAGUUUAGUUCAAGCCUUGAAUCUAGAAAAACUACCAUGUUACUGCAACACAUGACAACCAACCCCAAACCCUUUACCCACUGAUGGUGAUGGUUAUCUGUUUCAUUGAACAUCCAAAGACAAAUAUGACAAAAUCCAAAGCUGGCUAUAGCACAGACCCCAUCAAUCAUUUGGCAUUCCUCCAACACCUCUGUGCGGAUAUGCAAGGCUGCACUUUUGCAAUUCCAUUAUGCUGCUGGAAAAAUAAAUCCUGAAAACGUCUUUUGGCAUGUAAUGGUUUUCCAGUGUCUUGUGACAAUUAAAUUGACUCAUUCUUGUCUA